AUGUUUAAGUCAGGAAGACGACAGCUGUGGAAACAGAGUGUUUCUAGAGUUUUGAAGCAAAAGCUGAAGGAGGAGAAAGAGGCCAAACGGGCCCACCUGGAUGGGAGGCAUGAUUACAUCCUGUCGAUUGUCGCUUCCUGCGUGGAUCUGGAGAAGGCGGAAGUGGAGGACGCCAUCCUUGAAGGAACGCGGAUUGACCGUAUUGAUAAAUUCUUUGCUGUCGGGGGCUUUCGUCAUCUCAUGUUCUACUAUCAAGAUGUGGAGGCAUCUGACGCAGGACUUGGCCCAGCAGGAGCAAACUCUCACUCUGCUAAGCAUAAGAAGGCUAAAGUAUUCAUAACGGAAGGAAAGGAUGUUGCCUUGACUGGCAUGUGUGUGUUCUUCAUUAGAUCUAAUCCUUCCAAAGCAAUCACUCCAGAGAAUAUCCAUCAUGAAGUGGUUUUCAAUAUGUUGGAUGCGCGUCACGGGGGCUUACUGAAUAGUGUGCAGCACUUGAUGGCGGACAUAUUUAUUCCAGCUCUGAAGACAAUGAACUAUGGCUGGGGGGAGCUGGAGGGUCCCCAGAAAGGGGCCAAAACGAAGCAGGACUUCCUGGCUUCUCUAGAGGGAUUUGUGAGUGUCCUUUCAGGAGCUCAACAGUGCUUGAUGGAGAAGGUGAAUCUGAAGAAGUGUGAAACCUGUGAUCUGAAGACCUUAAAAGGACCUGCGGACUACUUGGCUGCAGCCAACAGCAUGGAGACGCUAGAAUCUGUAGAGACCUGCAUGAAAGUAUGGAUUAAGCAGAUUGAGCAGGUCAUUGCGGAGAAUGACCAGCUACGGAAGGAAGCGGAUGACCUGGGGCCACGAGCAGAGCUGGCCUACUGGAAGAAGCGGCUCUCCAAGUUUAACUACCUCUUGGACCAGCUCAAGACCUCAGACGUUAAGGCUGCACUUGGAGUGCUCACGGCUGCUAAAUCCAAACUUCUAAAGAGCUGGCGGGAGCUGGAUUCUCGGAUCACUGAUGCCACGAACGAAGCUAAAGACAAUGUGAAGUACCUGUACACCCUCGAGAAAGGCUGCGAUCCUCUGUACAACGGUGACCCUGUGACCAUGGUAGAUGCUAUCCCUGGCCUCAUUCAUGCCAUUAAAAUGAUCCAUAGCAUUUCGCGCUAUUAUAACACCUCUGAGAAGAUCACCUCCCUGUUUGUGAAGGUAACAAAUCAAAUGAUCACAGCCUGCAAAGCAUAUAUCACUAAGAAUAAUACUGCCACCAUCUGGGAUCAGCCACAAGAUGAGGUUCUGGAAAAAAUACACGCUGCUAUAAGACUUAAGCAGGAGUACCAAAACUGUUUUCACAAGACCAAACAAAAACUGGAGCAAAGUCCAUCUGAACGACAGUUUGAUUUUAGCGAGAUGUAUAUCUUUGGAAAAUUUGAAACUUUUCAUCGCCGUCUACUUAAGAUCAUGCAAAUCUUUGACACCGUCACAAUCUAUUCAGUCCUACAAGACUCCAAGAUGGAAGGACUUGAAGUUAUGGCAACUAGAUUCCAGAGCAUUGUGACUACCAUGAAGAAAAAGCAGUACAAUUUCUUAGAUCAAAGGAAAACUGAUUUUGACCAGGACUUCGAAGAGUUUUGCAAGCAAACAAGUGACCUGCAUCACCAAUUACAGACUUUCAUGGAUAUUACCUUUGAAAAGAUCACCAACACCGAAAGAGCACUCGACAUGCUAAAGAAAUUCGAAAGGUUAGGAAUCCCCAGUCUUGGCAUUGAUGACAAAUACCAGGUCAUCCUUCAGAACUACGGACAUGACAUCGAGAUGGUCUCUAAACUGUACACCAAGCAAAAGAACGACCCCCCGGUGGCUCGCAACCUUCCUCCUGUGGCUGGCAAGAUCUUGUGGGCACGGCAGCUCUUCCUCAGAAUCCAGUCGCCCAUGAGCCUCUUCCAGCAGCAUCCCACCGUUCUCCAGACGGCGGAAGCCAGGCCCAUCAUCCGCAACUAUAACCGGGUGGCUAAAGUCCUCCUGGAGUUUGAGGUUGUCUACCACCGGGGAUGGCUUCAGCAGGUCGAACUAAUGAAAGCAGGACUUAAGGUAUCGUUAUUAGUGAAAGCUCCAGAGACUGGAGAAAUAUUUGUGAAUUUCGACCCAGAGAUCCUCACCUUGAUCAGGGAAACGGAGUGCAUGUCACGCAUGGAGCUGGAAAUCCCACCAUUCGCCGCAGCUCUCCAGCAAAAACGCGACACCUACAAAGAGACAUUCAACAAAUUGCAGAUGAUGCUGUCAGAGCACAAGAGAGUGAAGUCAAAGAUCCCAGCUCCCCUCCAGACGUUAACGACGCUUCAUCUGGCAAGAGUGGACGAUGCCAUGCAGCCUGGCUUAACCACACUGAGUUGGACAUCCCUGAGCAUCGAGAAGUAUUUGCAGAACGUUCUGGAUAAAAUUGCUGUCCUAGAACUGUUGCUCGAUCGUGUGAAUGACUUGAUAGAGUUUCGCAUUAAUGCCGUUCUUCAAGAAAUGAGCAGCACGCCCCUCUGCAGCCUCCCCGAAGAAGAGCCGCUGACCUGUGAGGAAUUCCUUCGCAAGACAAAGGAACUCUGUAUCAACGGAGCGCGCACUUUGCACCUGAAAAGCUCAUUGGUAGAGGAAGCAGCCAAUGAGCUAAUAAAUACGUUAUUAGAUGUGGAAGUACAAAUCAAAGGAGAUACUGAUGAUAAGCCUCUGAAAAGUGAAAAUGUUUGGAAUUAUCACAAUAUGGCCGACGAAGAAGGGCCGUCAGACCCCUUAGCAUCCUCCUCACACAGUGCUGGCCAGAUGUCCCGAUUGUCUUCCCCUUUAGCCAAGAGGAAAAAGAAGGAAAUCGAAAUGCUGGAGGAAGAAGCCCAAGAACUGCUGUCACAUUUCAGCCACCACAACGUGGAUGCUCUUCUGAAGGUCACGCGCAACACCCUAGAAGCCAUACGCAAGCGCAUUCAGGCCUCUUCUGCCAUCAGCUUCUUAGAUAACGAGAGUGCCUCCAAGCAGAAACUGAGUGCUCAGCCUAUCUUUAAGGCUGGCAUUUUCCUUUCCAUUCCCCAUUUUGCGAUGGUGCCAGCCCUUGAUGAAGUCCAGCAAACCAUCAACAAAGCUGUGGAUAGCAUUGUGAGCGUCAUGAAAGGGGUUGGUCAAUGGAGUAAAGAGAGACUAUCAAAGAAAAAGAUACUAGAAAGAAAAAUAGCAGCUUUACAGAGUGAUGGUGAUUCUGAGAACGAAACGAGAGAAACUGAAACUGGAAACAUCCACGAUGCUGCUUCACAUACGGCCUCUCUGAUCUUGCCUGCUCCUGUCCAAAACAAAAACUACUACAAAAGUGUUUCGGAGAACAAGGAAAUCAUUAAGCUGAUGUCUGUUCUCAGUACAAGCAUAAAUUCUACCAAAAGGGAAGUUCUUCUUGCCUUGGAACGUUUCAAAUGUUACCACCACAUCUGGCAGAGGGAGAAAGAGGAAGCCAUUGAAAACGUCGUCAAAGGAAGCCCUUUGCUGUCUGAGUUUGAAUCCCAGAUCCUUUAUUACAGAGACUUAGAACUAGAAAUUAACUCAGAGCCUGAAUUCAUAUGCGUGGGAACUAUUGCACUGUAUACUGUGGAUCUAAAGUUGGCCCUGACAGCAGAGACCAAAGCUUGGAUGGUUGCAUUUGGGCGACACUGUAACAAGAAAUACAGGUCAGAGAUGGAAAAUAUCUUUAACUUCGUAGAGGAAAUCAACAAAAAACUGAACCGUCACAUCAAAGACUUGGAUGACAUCAGAAUAGCCAUGGCUGCAUUAAAAGACAUUCGAGAGCAACAGAUCGCCAUAGAUUUCCAAGUGGGACCCAUUGAGGAGUCCUAUGCAAUGUUACAUAAAUAUGAAUUGCUGGUGGCCAAGGAAGAGAUGGAGAAAGUGGACACACUGCGUUAUACCUGGGAGAAACUGCUGGUCCGAGCAAAUGAAGUACAGAAUGAAUUGGUUGCACUGCAGCCCAAAUUCAGGGGAGAGCUAAUAAGCACAGUGGAAACAUUUGUUGAAGACUGUGAUCACUACUACUUGGAUUAUGACAAGAAUGGUCCCAUGGCGGCUGGUCUGGAACCUCAGGAGGCGAGUGACAGGCUUGUCAUGUUCCAGAAUCGGUUUGACAACCUUUAUCGGAAAUACGUAACCUACACGGGGGGCGAAGAGCUGUUUGGCUUGCCUGUCACUCAGUAUCCCCAGCUUCUCGAGAUAAAGAAGCAGCUGAAUUUGUUGCAGAAACUUUACAGCUUGUACAACAAUGUCAUUGACACAGUGAAUGGCUACUACGACAUCCUCUGGUCGGAAGUGAACAUCGAGAAAAUUAACAGCGAACUCCUGGAUUUUCAGAACAGGUGUCGAAAGCUGCCACGAGCUUUGAAGGAGUGGCAGGCCUUUCUGGAUCUGAAGAAGACCAUCGAUGACUUCAACGAGUGUUGCCCUUUGCUUGAGCUGAUGUCCCAUAAAGCCAUGAUGGCGCGUCACUGGAGGCACAUCACCACUCUCACAGGCCACAGUUUUGAUGUAGAAAGCGAGACUUUCAAACUGAAAAACAUCAUGGAAGCCCCUCUGUUGAAAUUCAAAGAAGAGAUUGAGGAUAUCUGUAUCAGUGCCGUGAAGGAGAGGGACAUUGAACAGAAGCUGAAACAGGUGAUUGCCGAGUGGGACAACAAGACAUUCACGUUCACAAGUUUCAAAACCCGCGGAGAGCUGCUCUUGAGGGGAGACAGCACUUCUGAGACCAUUGCCAGCAUGGAGGACAGCCUGAUGGUGCUGAGCUCCCUCAUGAGCAACAGGUACAACACACCAUUCAAGGCCCAGAUACAAAAGUGGGUACAAUAUCUGUCUAACACGACCGAUAUAAUUGAGAACUGGAUGACUGUGCAGAAUCUUUGGAUAUACCUGGAGGCUGUCUUUGUGGGCGGAGACAUUGCAAAACAGCUUCCGAAGGAGGCCAAGCGCUUCUCCAACAUUGACAAGUCGUGGGCGAAGAUCAUGACCCGAGCCCAUGAAAUACCAAACGUGGUCCAGUGCUGUGUUGGAGAUGAAACCAUGGGACAGCUGCUGCCACAUUUAUUGGAGCAGUUGGAGAUUUGUCAAAAGUCUCUUACAGGGUAUUUGGAGAAGAAGCGGCUUCUGUUCCCCCGUUUCUUCUUUGUGUCGGACCCUGCUCUCCUGGAGAUUCUGGGCCAAGCUUCGGAUUCACACACAAUACAAGCUCACUUGUUAAAUGUCUUUGAUAACAUCAAAACUGUAAAAUUCCAUGACAAGGUUUACGAUCGGAUCCUUUCCAUUUCCUCACGAGAGAGUGAGACCGUUGAGUUGGAAAAACCUGUCAUGGCAGAAGGAAAUGUGGAGGUUUGGCUCAAUUCCCUGAUGAAGGAGUCCCAGCAUUCACUGCAUCUGGUGAUUCGACAGGCUGCUUCGAGCAUCCAUGAAGCAGACUUCCAACUAACAGAGUUUCUUUCUUCCUACCCAGCUCAGGUCGGCUUGCUGGGAAUUCAGAUGAUUUGGACGCGAGAUGCUGAAGAAGCUCUGACAAAUGCAAAGUACGAUAAGAAAAUAAUGCAGAAUACAAACCAGUCUUUCUUGGUCCUCCUGAACACUCUGAUAGACAUGACUACAAAGGAUCUGACUCCAGUGGAGCGAAUUAAAUAUGAGACGCUGAUUACAAUUCACGUGCACCAAAGGGAUAUAUUUGAUGACCUGUGCCGGAUGCAUAUUAAGAAUCCCUCCGAUUUUGAGUGGCUGAAGCAAUGCAGAUUUUAUUUCAGUGAAGAUGCAGACAAAAUGUUGAUUAACAUCACAGAUGUGUCCUUCAUCUAUCAGAAUGAGUUCUUGGGCUGCACUGACCGGCUUGUCAUAACCCCUCUGACAGACAGGUGUUACAUUACUUUGGCCCAGGCUCUAGGCAUGAGCAUGGGGGGAGCGCCUGCCGGACCCGCGGGGACGGGGAAAACAGAAACGACCAAGGACAUGGGCAGGUGCCUUGGGAAAUACGUUGUGGUCUUCAACUGUUCGGACCAGAUGGAUUUCAGAGGCCUAGGGAGAAUCUUUAAAGGUCUUGCACAGUCCGGAUCCUGGGGCUGCUUCGACGAGUUCAACCGCAUUGACUUGCCGGUGCUGUCGGUCGCGGCCCAGCAGAUCGCCAUUGUUCUGACCUGCAAGAAGGAGCGCAGGAAGAACUUCAUUUUUACGGAUGGUGAUAAUGUGGAGAUGAAUCCAGAAUUUGGACUCUUUUUGACAAUGAACCCUGGGUAUGCUGGCCGCCAAGAGCUACCCGAAAACCUGAAGAUCAACUUCCGUUCAGUGGCAAUGAUGGUCCCAGAUCGACAGAUCAUCAUCCGCGUCAAACUGGCUAGCUGCGGCUUCAUUGAUAAUAUUGUGCUUGCAAGGAAAUUCUUCACUCUGUACAAGCUCUGCGAAGAACAAUUAUCCAAACAGGUGCACUACGAUUUCGGGCUCAGGAAUAUAUUGUCUGUGUUGCGGACCUUGGGAGCAGCCAAAAGAUCCAACCCGGAUGACACGGAGUCCACUAUCGUGAUGCGGGUCUUGAGAGACAUGAAUCUUUCCAAGCUGAUUGAUGAAGAUGAACCCUUAUUCUUGAGUCUGAUUGAAGACUUAUUCCCCAGCAUACAGCUUGACAAAGCCGGCUAUCCAGAGCUGGAGGCUGCCAUUAGCAAGCAGGUGGAAGGUGCCGGCUUGAUCAACCACCCUCCCUGGAGACUGAAGGUCAUCCAGCUGUUUGAAACGCAACGCGUGAGGCACGGCAUGAUGGCGCUUGGACCAAGUGGGGCAGGGAAGACGACGUGCAUCCACACGCUGAUGAAAGCCAUGACAGAUUGUGGACAGCCCCACCGUGAAAUGAGGAUGAACCCCAAGGCCAUCACAGCACCUCAGAUGUUUGGACGUCUUGACGUUGCAACAAACGACUGGACAGACGGGGUUUUCUCCACGCUUUGGAGGAAAACGUUGAGGGCUAAGAAAGGAGAGCACAUCUGGAUAGUCCUCGAUGGCCCCGUUGACGCAAUUUGGAUUGAGAACUUGAAUUCAGUACUGGACGAUAACAAAACAUUAACACUUGCAAAUGGAGACCGAAUCCCUAUGGCCCCGAACUGCAAGAUCAUCUUUGAGCCUCAUAAUAUUGACAACGCAUCCCCAGCGACCGUGUCGAGGAAUGGAAUGGUGUUCAUGAGCUCCUCAGUCCUCGGCUGGAGCCCCAUUCUUGAGGGGUUCUUGAGGAAACGAUCUCCACAGGAAGUGGAGAUUCUGCGCCAGCUGUAUACCACGUCGUUCCCAGAUGUGUACUGCUUCAGCAUCCAGUCCUUGGAAUACAAGACAGAGAUGCUAGAGGCCUUUGUGAUAAUGCAGAGCAUCAAUAUGCUGCAGGGCCUUAUCCCUUGCAAGGAACAGGGAGGUGAAAUAACAGGAGAGUACCUGGAAAGACUAUACGUCUUCUCCUUGAUGUGGAGUAUUGGAGCACUGCUGGAAUUAGAAGACCGACGGAAGUUGGAGAACUGGCUCCGUGGCCACAAAACUAUCGAACUGGACCUUCCUCACAUCCCAGAGGGAAGUGAAGAUACUAUGUUUGACUACUACGUUACUGGGGAUGGCAAAUGGAUGCAUUGGAACACUCGCAUUGAAGAGUAUGUGUACCCUACUGACAGCACCCCAGAGUACAGCUCCAUCCUAGUGCCCAAUGUUGACAAUGUGAGAACGGACUUCCUUAUCCACACAAUUGCAAAGCAAGGCAAGGCAGUGUUGCUAAUUGGUGAACAAGGGACUGCAAAGACUGUCAUCAUCAAAGGCUAUGUGUCAAAAUAUAAUCCUGAAAGCCACAUGGCCAAGAGUCUAAACUUCUCAUCGGCAACAACACCUCUCAUGUUUCAGCGCACAAUAGAAAGUUAUGUGGACAAGCGCAUGGGCACAACCUAUGGCCCUCCUGCAGGAAAGAAAAUGACUGUAUUUGUUGAUGAUGUGAAUAUGCCUAUAAUCAACGAGUGGGGAGACCAGGUCACCAAUGAGAUAGUGAGGCAGCUUAUGGAGCAAAAUGGAUUCUACAACCUGGAAAAACCCGGGGAGUUCACCAACAUUGUGGAUAUCCAGUUCCUGGCUGCCAUGAUCCACCCAGGAGGAGGACGCAACGAUAUCCCCCAGAGACUGAAGAGGCAAUUCUCUGUAUUUAACUGCACUCUGCCUUCUAAUUCUUCUAUCGACAAGAUUUUUGGUGUGAUUGGUGUGGGACAUUAUUGUAGCCAGAGGGGCUUCUCAGAAGAGGUGAGAGGAAUCGUUUCCAAACUGGUUCCAUUGACCCGCCAGCUGUGGCAGAUGACCAAGGUCAAGAUGCUGCCCACACCGGCCAAAUUCCAUUACAUCUUCAACCUCCGGGACCUUUCUAGGAUUUGGCAAGGGAUGCUGAAUACUACCUCUGAAGUGAUCAGUGACUCUCCUGUGCUCAUAAAACUGUGGAAGCAUGAAUGCAAGCGGGUGGUUGCAGAUCGUUUCACAACUCCUGAGGACGUGGGGUGGUUUGAUCUGGCUCUAGCAAAGCUCGCUGAAGGGGCGUUUGGUGGAGAUAAAAAAGCCCUGGUGGAGCCUGGUGUGGAUGCUCAUUUCGUUGACUUCUUAAGAGACGCUCCUGAAGCAACAGGAGAGGAGCCAGAUGAUGUGGAGGUUGACAUGCCAAAAGUGUAUGAACCGAUUCAAUCUUUUGAGCACCUAAAGGAACGGCUGAAUAUGUUUUUACAAAUAUACAAUGAGAGUAUCCGUGGAGCAGGCAUGGACUUGGUGUUUUUUGAAGAUGCUAUGGUUCAUUUAGUAAAGAUCUCUCGUGUAAUCCGUACCCCUGGUGGAAAUGCUUUGCUUGUUGGAGUUGGUGGUUCUGGAAAGCAGAGCUUGACAAAACUGGCAUCAUUCAUUGCUGGCUACCACACAUUCCAGAUCACAUUAACAAGGUCUUACAACACAUCCAACUUGAUGGAAGACCUGAAGCAUCUGUAUAGGACUGCCGGGCAGCAGGGGAAAGGAAUCAGCUUCAUUUUCACAGACAAUGAAAUAAAAGACGAGGCUUUCUUGGAGUACAUGAACAAUGUCCUCUCAUCAGGAGAAGUUUCUAAUUUAUUUGCCCGUGAUGAAAUCGAUGAAAUCACAAGUGACCUCAUUCCUGUUAUGAAGAAGGAGCAUCCACGUCGGCCUCCAACCAAUGAGAACUUGUAUGACUAUUUCAUGAGCAGAGUUCGCCAGAACCUUCAUGUCAUCCUCUGCUUUUCACCAGUGGGCGAAAAAUUCCGGAACCGAGCAUUGAAAUUCCCUGCCCUCAUUUCUGGCUGUACUAUAGACUGGUUCAGCCGCUGGCCCAAAGAUGCUCUGGUUGCUGUGUCUGAACAUUUCUUGUCCUCCUACGAUGUUGACUGUACGGAUGAGACCAAGAGAGAGAUGGUGCAGUGCAUGGGCUCCUUCCAGGAUGGAGUUGCUGAGAAGUGUGUGGAUUAUUUCCAGAGAUACCGUCGGUCCACCCACGUCACUCCCAAAUCUUACUUGUCCUUCAUCCAGGGAUAUAAAGCAAUCUACAAAGAAAAACAUGCUGAGGUGCAGACACUGGCCAACAGGAUGAACACUGGACUGGAGAAACUGAAAGAGGCCUCUGAGUCAGUGGCUGCCUUAAGCAAAGAGCUGGAAGCCAAAGAAAAAGAGCUUCAGAUAGCCAGUAAAAAAGCAGAUACGGUGUUAAAGGAAGUUACAGUGAAAGCGCAGGCUGCUGAAACGGUGAAGGCAGAAGUGCAGAAGGUCAAAGACAAGGCUCAGGCGAUCGUGGACAGUAUCUCAGCAGACAAGGCCACUGCUGAAGAAAAGUUGGAGGCUGCCAGGCCCGCUUUAGAAGAAGCCGAGGCAGCUUUGCAAACGAUCAAGCCUUCAGACAUUGCCACCGUCCGCACACUGGGCCGUCCGCCUCAUCUCAUCAUGCGGAUCAUGGACUGCGUGCUGCUGCUGUUCCAGAGGAGGGUCAACACUGUCAAAGCGGACCUGGAGAAAAAUUGCACCACCCCCUCGUGGCAGGAGUCCUUGAGGCUGAUGACUGCAGGGAACUUCCUACAGAACCUGCAGCAAUUUCCCAAAGACACAAUUAACGAAGAAGUCGUCGAGCUGUUGAGCCCUUACUUUGGUAUGAGUGACUACAACAUUGAAACAGCAAAACGAGUGUGCGGAAAUGUGGCCGGCCUUUGCUCGUGGACCAAAGCGAUGGCGUCUUUCUUUGCUAUCAACAAGGAAGUUCUGCCUUUAAAAGCGAAUCUGGCCGUCCAGGAGAACCGGCUCACCACUGCCAUGCUGGAUCUGCAGAAGGCCCAGGCGGAGCUGGACGCCAAGCAGGCGGAACUAGACAUUGUGCAGGCCGAGUAUGAGAAAGCCAUGCGGGAGAAACAGACGCUGCUGGAGGAUGCAGAACGCUGCAGGCGUAAAAUGCAGACAGCCUCCAGUUUGAUCAGUGGGCUGGCUGGCGAGAAAGAGAGAUGGACAGAACAGAGCAAAGAGUUUGCUGUGCAAACCAAGAGGCUUGUGGGUGACGUGUUGCUGGCCACGGCUUUUCUGUCCUAUUCUGGUCCUUUUAACCAAGAGUUCCGCAAUCUGUUAUUAAAUGGUUGGCAAAAGGAGAUGAAAACCCGGAAAAUCCCAUUUGGAAACAAUCUCAAUCUCACAGAAAUGCUGAUUGAUGCACCAACGGUCAGUGAAUGGAACCUUCAGGGGCUGCCGAAUGAUGACCUGUCCAUACAGAAUGGCAUCAUUGUCACAAAAGCGGCCCGCUACCCUUUACUGAUUGAUCCACAGACCCAGGGAAAGAUCUGGAUUAAAAACAAGGAAACCAGGAAUGAAUUGCAGAUCUCCUCUCUGAAUCACAAAUAUUUUAGAAACCACUUGGAAGACAGCCUUUCUCUUGGGAGGCCCCUGUUAAUUGAAGAUGUCGGCGAGGAGCUGGAUCCAGCCUUGGAUAAUGUCCUUGAAAAGAAUUUCAUCAAAACUGGUUCUACCUAUAAGGUCAAAGUUGGGGAUAAAGAAGUAGAUGUUAUGAAUGGAUUCCGACUUUAUCUGACCACCAAGCUUCCCAACCCAGCCUAUACGCCUGAGAUCAGCGCUCGCACCUCCAUCAUCGAUUUCACCGUCACCAUGAAGGGUCUGGAAGAUCAGCUUCUAGGGAGAGUCAUCCUUACAGAAAAACAGGAGCUGGAGAAAGAGCGGACCGAUCUUAUGGAAGAUGUGACUGCGAACAAAAGGAAGAUGAAGGAACUGGAGGACAACUUGCUGUAUAGACUAACCAGCACGCGGGGCUCUCUGGUGGAAGACGAGAGCCUCAUCAUUGUCCUCAGUAACACCAAGAGAACCGCUGAAGAGGUGACACAGAAACUGCAGAUCUCAGCUGAGACUGAAAUACAGAUCAACUCAGCUCGGGAGGAAUACAGGCCGGUGGCAACCAGAGGCAGCAUUCUCUACUUCCUCAUAACCGAGAUGAGUAUGGUGAACGUCAUGUACCAGACUUCACUCCGACAGUUCUUGGGCCUGUUUGACCUUUCGCUUGCCAGGUCUGUCAAGAGCCCCGUUACCAGCAAGAGGAUUGCAAAUAUCAUUGAGCACAUGACCUAUGAAGUCUACCAGUAUGCUGCACGGGGGCUUUACGAGGAGCACAAGUUUCUGUUCACGUUACUGCUUACCUUGAAGAUUGACUUGCAGCGGAACAGAGUCAAGCAUGAGGAGUUUCUAACACUCAUUAAAGGUGGUGCUUCUUUGGAUCUGAAAGCUUGUCCUCCCAAACCAGCUAGAUGGAUCCUGGAUAUGACGUGGUUGAACUUAGUGGCACUCAGUAAACUCAGGCAGUUUUCAGAUGUUCUUGAUCAAAUCUCAAGAACCGAAAAACAGUGGAAAAUUUGGUUUGAUAAGGAGAAACCGGAAGAGGACCCUGUUCCCAGUGGCUAUGACCAGGGUCUAGACUGCUUCAGGCGCCUCCUCCUCAUUCGGUCGUGGUGUCCUGACAGAACCAUCGCGCAGGCUAGGAAAUACAUUAUGGAUACAAUGGAGGAAAAAUAUGUGGAAGGCGUCAUCUUAGACCUGGAGAAGACCUGGAUGGAGUCUGACCCACGCACCCCUCUCGUCUGCUUCCUUUCCAUGGGGUCUGAUCCCACGGAUUCCAUCAUUGCUUUGGGCAAGAGACUGAAGAUGGAGACUCGCUAUGUUUCCAUGGGCCAAGGACAGGAGGUCCAUGCACGCAAACUUCUGCAGCAAACUAUGGCGCAUGGUGGGUGGGCGCUUCUGCAGAACUGUCACCUGGGCCUUGACUUUAUGGAUGAAUUGAUGGACACCAUUGUGGAAACCGAGAACAUUCACGAGGCUUUUCGUUUGUGGAUGACGACGGAGGUUCACAAAUACUUUCCCAUCACGCUUCUUCAGAUGUCUAUUAAAUUCACCAAUGAACCUCCUCAAGGACUCAAAGCUGGCCUCAAGCGAACCUAUGGAGGGGUGAGCCAGGAUCUCUUGGAUGUCAGCAACAUGGUCCAGUGGAAGCCGAUGCUCUAUGCUGUAGCCUUCCUGCAUUCCACAGUUCAGGAAAGAAGGAAAUUUGGGCCUCUGGGGUGGAACAUUCCUUAUGAGUUCAACCAAGCUGAUUUCAAUGCCACGGUGCAGUUUGUGCAGAACCAUCUGGACGACAUGGACAUCAAAAAGGGGGUGUCCUGGAACACAGUUCGUUACAUGAUCGGAGAGAUUCAGUAUGGGGGAAGAGUUACGGAUGACUACGACAAAAGGCUGCUGAACACUUUUGCUAAAGUCUGGUUCAGUGAAAACAUGUUCAGUCCAGAAUUCUCCUUCUACAAAGGCUACAGUAUCCCCAAGUGCACCACCGUGGAUCACUACCUUCAGUACAUACAGGGCUUGCCUGCUUAUGACACACCAGAAGUGUUUGGGCUGCAUCCCAAUGCAGACAUCACUUACCAGAGCAAACUUGCCAAAGAUGUGCUGGACACUAUUCUCAGCAUCCAGCCAAAAGACAGCUCCAGCGGGGGAGGAGAGACCAGAGAAGCCGUGGUCGCAAGGCUGGCCGAUGAUAUGCUGGAGAAGCUCCCUGCAGACUAUGUACCUUUUGAGGUAAAGGAGAGGCUGCAGCAUAUGGGGCCAUUCCAGCCCAUGAACAUCUUCCUGCGCCAGGAGAUAGACCGAAUGCAGAGGAUUAUUGCCCUGGUGCGGAACACUCUGGCAGACUUGAAGCUGGCCAUUGAUGGAACAAUCAUCAUGAGUGAGAACCUCAGAGAUGCUUUGGACUGCAUGUAUGAUGCCAGGAUUCCUGAACGUUGGCGGAAGGCCUCAUGGGCUUCCAGCACUCUUGGCUUCUGGUUUACUGAACUUCUUGAAAGAAACCACCAGUUUCACUGUUGGAUUUUUGAGGGGCGGCCAAACUGCUUUUGGAUGACGGGGUUUUUCAACCCUCAAGGAUUUCUGACUGCCAUGAGACAGGAAAUUACCCGAGCCAAUAAAGGAUGGGCCCUGGACAGUGUAGUCCUCUGCAAUGAGGUGACCAAGUGGAUGAAGGAUGACGUCACCACUCCUCCCGCUGAAGGAGUCUAUGUCUACGGCCUCUAUCUAGAAGGAGCUGGGUGGGACAAAAGGAACAUGAAACUCAUAGACUCGAAACCCAAGGUGCUCUUUGAAAUGAUGCCCGUGAUCAGGAUAUAUGCAGAGAACAACACCUCCAGAGAUCCACACCUGUACUCGUGCCCAAUAUACAAGAAGCCAGUUCGGACUGAUCUGAAUUAUAUUGCUGCAGUGGACCUCCGGACUGCCCAGCCUCCUGAGCACUGGAUCUUGCGUGGUGUUGCCCUCCUGUGUGAUGUCAAGUAA